CGGUUGUUUAAUCUCUACUAGGAGAGGUCUCUACUGAGCAUACUUGACACAGAAAUUUUGGCAAGCUUACACGAUUUAAUUAAUUCGAAAAAGAUUCUUUGGUUGACCAGCUGGAUUUAAAUGAUCGCUCGUUGGUAUAUAUGAAAUGAUAAUUUAAGUGCUUUACGGGAAUUUCUUAAAUUUUAAAUCUGAAAGUUUUCGUUUAUUCCCGUUCUAUUUUUAUGGAUUGGACUAACUGCUUUUAAAAUUCAAAUAUCAAGUUGGAAAAAUUCAGCUUCUACUGUUUAUUUUCUGCGUGCUUACCUUCUUCAAGGUAAACAUCACUAAACCGCAAUUACAAGCAGACAGCUUCCCAUUUAUUCAAAUGUAAUCUGCACCACCUUGAAACCCAAACACUGACCACAGGAACGGAUUUAGAAACGUAGACAUUCAUUUCCUGUUAGCUGCGGAAGAAGAUUCAUUUGUACCACAAACAAUGGCUGCAAAAUACCACGAAUACAUGAAGUCGAAGAACUUCUUACCUUUCACUUUAGAUCGCUUGCCUCAGAAAAUGGUGCAGAAAGCUAAGGAUGAACUUAGAGAAACUGACGAAAUCCGAGGUCUAGCUUUGGAACAAUUGAGAAAACUAGUUCUGACUGAAAAGAAUCUGAAGUGCCCUACCGAAGAUGAGUACCUGAUUCAAUUCUUGAGGGCAAGAAAGUUUGACGUGAAAAAGGCCUUCACCUUACUACAAACCAAGUAUCAAGUGAGGAAGGCGUACGCUGAAGUCUACGAUGACAUCGAUGUGAACGAAUUGAGAAAAGUCGUCUCAGCUGGAAUAGUUUAUUGCUUUCCUUACAGAGAUGCGGAUGGUUGCGUGGUUGUAGUGAUGCAACUUUCCCGAUGGAAUCCCGAUGAUGUCACAAUAACGCAAGGACUCUGCGCAUUGACUGGAUUAUUGCUCAGAAUUGUGGACGACCCGGCCGCUCAGAUAUGCGGCAUCCGUGUACUGGUGGAUGUUCGUGGAUUUUCAAUGAAACAAGUGCGCUGCGUCACGCCUAGAUACAUAACCUUGCUGUCUAAAGCUCUUAGGAACUGCCUGCCCAUCCGCUUCAAGGGAAUUCACAUCUACAAUGAAACGAUCAUUUUUCAAUACGUCUGGUCCAUCCUCAAACUCUUCCUGUCAGACAAAAUAAAAGGCAGAGUUCACUUCCAUGGUGACAGUCAAAAAAGUCUCCACAAGCUCAUACCAAAAGAGAUCCUGUCGUCUGAUUACGGGGGCGACCACAUUACGUUCGAUGGUGCAGAAUACUGUGCGACCUUGAUGGAGCCUUUCUACGAAAAGUUCUUGAAGAUGGCAAAUGGAGGUUACUUGUAAGCUACCUUCGCAAACAAUAGCGACCAACAUGAUCAAUGUACAACACAAUAAAGAGGUGGAGUUGCAGUGUCGAAAUGACGACGGAUAUGUAAGACUCAUUAUGUCAUCGAAGGAUUGGAGCAAAUCGGGUACCUCGAAAAGUAUUCGAAUUUUUGAUUCGAUAAGAUAAACCAUUUUUGAUAUGCUGCCUCAUGUGACAUCUAAGAGUUUAGAACAAUUUAGUUUUAUCCCUAUUAGAACAAGUUACUGCACAGCAUAUCUGCGUCGUUCUUCGAUAUUCUUAAUGUCGUGCAAUAAACUAUCGUAUGAAGCUAUCUGAAUGUAUGAAGUUAUCGUAAUAUUAUUCUUGUGUAUUUACUGCUUCUAGGAAUUGCAGCGAUUUCCCAAAAUAUGGCGAUAUUCACAAGGAGAUAUGGAGAUAUUUCCAAAAUAUCUACAUUUCCUUUGGGAAAUGGAGACAAUAACAUUAUGGAAAUCUGGAAGAUUUAAAAUAAGCAACUAUAAUUUCCAAAGCACUAAAUAACUAGCGAGUUCCUCGUCUUUAUUUAGUACAAAAGUGUUAUUCGAUUUACGAUGUAAGACCUUAUCAAAAUAUAAAAAUAUAAAACUAUUCAGGGGUAUUUAUUUUUUUAUUAUAAUGAUCAUUAUUAUCAUUAUAUUAAAAGAUACCUUGAAAAAUGAACAUGAAGUUUUCAUUUCUGUAACUUGAGAUGUUUAUGUUAAAAAAACCAGCUUUUUUCCCCAUGGAAUUUGCUUUGUUAGCGCUCUUUUCAACAAUAUAUAAUUCUUUCUUCAAUAGUUAUCAAAAUCAGAUGUCAUUGGAUAUAUUAGCUUACAUUUACGCCUAUAUUUGGAUUACAUAUUGCUUAAUGUAUAAAACAAAAACUGAUUUGUGGUGUUGAUUUGAGUUCAUCACAUUAAAUAAAAUAAUUAUAGAAUUAAUCAUUGCUAUAAAAUUAUUAUAGAUAACUCUUCAUUAACAAUACAACAACUUCCUUCAUUCACACCAAAAUAAGAAAUUGCAAAUAAGAAUCACAUUUUAUUUUACUGAAGCAAAAAUAAAAUGGCGCUCUAAAAAAAUGAGCAAACUUAUGUAAAUAACAAAUUAUUUUGUUAUUAAGUAUUCAGAGUUUCAAAUUUAGUGGAAGGAGAUAGAUUUCAGCAAACGAUUCUGAAAAGAGCUGCGAUUAAAACAAAUUCAAAAUUAGCUACAAAAAGUUGAAAACUCACUAAUUGUAUGAAUGGAAUUUUUUAAUAAAUUUCUUAAGCUAAAUAUGUAUGCAUAUACAUAUUAAAAUUCAAAUUAAAUGCAUUUUCAAAAUAUUACUAUACUUAUAGUCUUCUUAUGCCAUUUUUAAUAAUAUCUGCUUUUUCCUUAAAAACAAAUAGUAUUUUGAUAAUUAAUAAAAAGUGAAUAUAUAUAUUUGAUCCUUGAAAGUCUUCGCCAGUCUUUUUUGAAAGAUAUUGCGGCUGCUAUUAUUUAUUUAGUCAAGUUAUUUGUUUAACCUGUACAUUUCACUGUCUCAUUUGUGUAAUAUGCAUUCACAGUAUCAUUUAUAAAAAUCAUUUUUGUCUAAAUUAUAGUCUAGAUAUUUUUUUGUUAUGUUUUGGUUAUUUGUGUUAUUAGAUAAAAGAUUAAUAGCACUUAAUUAUAUCAAUUAAAAAAUAUUAAUCAAAAUAAUUGAAUAAAUUAUUAUUUAAAAGGAAUAAUAUUAUGGCGAUGUUCCCGAACGACCACUUGUAUGUUGUGGAUCUUUUGCAUUCUUUUUAUAGUAGUACAAAAUUUCAUUUGAAGAAUUUGGGCGAGUAUUGUUCAUAUGACUUGAAAUUUCACCAAUAGUGGUUGCGCUAAUGUUAUCGAUACUAUUUUUAUGUUCUUGUGAAUGAACAUAAAAAUAGUAUAAAAUGUACAAAUGUGCAAACAAUAUAAAAUGAAACAUCGGUAAUUUUCAUCAUAUUUUAACGUCAAAUUUUUCUGCUAUAAUAAACAACUUAAAAAGCUUUUUAAUUAAUUUUAUUUUCUUUGUAAUAAGUUUAAUAAUUAAUUAAUCAUUAUUCUAUAAAAAUUAUUAUUUCCAUCUUUCUAAAGUCACCAAUAUUCUUUUUCCGUUUAAUUAAUACCUUUAUCGGUUAUUCUUCAAUUUUUAGAAUCUUUUUUUUAAAUGUUCCUUUAAAAAAUUCUCCCUUUGCAUAAAAUUUAACAGAAUUUUCCCAUUGAUAGUGUUUCAUAAUUUAUUAUUGAAAAGAUCCCAAAUUGUUUACAUAUAAUUUUCAAAGGAUCGGAAUAAUAUUUUUUAUUUAUGCGAUCUCUGAAAUGCCAAAAUCGAAAGAAAAAAAUG